GAGGGGGCGGAAGUAGCCGGCGAGGGGGGAGGUCACGUGAUGGAAGCGGCACCUCUCCGUCCGCCUGCCUCCCGCCUGCCUCGCGCGGGAGUCCCGGCAAAGCGAGGCGGCUGACUGCGCGGGGCCCUGUCCCCCCUCCUCCUCCCCCAGGGCGUGUGACGUGGAGGGGGAGGGGGCUACAACGGCCCCGGCGCGAGGCGCCUCCUCCCCCCGCCCUCACACACAAGACGCGCCACACACACAAGAAGGUGGAGGGGCCGCCGGGAUGGCGGCGGCGGGGGCGCCUGGAGGGGGCGGGGCCGGGGCGCCAGAGGAGGAAGAGCACGAAGUGGUCCGCGUGCGGGUCAAGAAAUGUGAAGGCUUCUUGCAACCUGAGUUCCGUACCUUUGCUGUGGACCCACAGAUCACCUCACUGGAUGUAUUGCAGCACAUCCUCAUCAGGGCAUUUGACCUAAAUGGGAAGAAGAAUUUUGCCAUCAGCUAUAUGGGCCGAGAUAAGCAAGGCCAAGAAUCAUAUUUGUCAUUGAUGUCAGAUUGGGAUCUGGGCAUGGCCUUCGCUGGAGCCUCCAAGCCUUACUUGCAGCUCAAGAUAGACAUCAAGCCCUCAGAGGAUAGCCCCCUGCUAGAAGACUGGGACAUCAUCAGCCCCAAGGAUGUGAUCAGUACUGACCUGCUGCUGGUGGAGAAGCGGUCUCUGGCAGCAGCAGCCCUGCCCUUCACUCAGUCCAUCAUCUCCCAGGUGGGCAGGACACUGUCUAAGGUCCAACAAGCACUCAGCUGGUCCUAUGGCGAGGAUGUCAAACCUUUCAAGCCCCCGCUGAGCGACUCCGAGUUCCACACGUACCUGAACCAUGAAGGGCAGCUGACAAGACCUGCAGAGCUGCGUCUCCGAAUUUUCCACGGUGGAGUUGAGCCCUCUCUACGCAAGGUGGGGAUGGGGAUUCUGGAGGUGGUUUGGCGAUACUUGCUAAAUGUCUACCCUGAUGGGUUGACGGGUCAGGAGCGCAUGGAUUACAUGAAGCGGAAGACUCGGGAGUACGAGCAGCUGAAGGGGGAAUGGGAAGCUCGCACCAGCCCCGAGGACCUGGACUUCAUUCGCAGCAACGUGCUGAAGGACGUUCUGCGAACAGAUCGCACCCAUCCCUACUACGCAGGCUCAGAUGACAACCCCCAUUUGACAGCCCUGCACGACCUCUUGACCACCUAUGCCGUCACCCACCCACAAAUUUCCUAUUGCCAGGGCAUGAGUGACAUCGCCUCCCCCAUUCUGGCUGUCAUGGACAACGAAGCUCAUGCCUUCAUUUGCUUCUGUGGCAUCAUGAAACGCCUGGAGGGCAAUUUCCAGGUGGAUGGUGAAGUCAUGUCAGUGAAGUUCUCCCACCUCAAGCUUCUCCUCCGCCAUUCAGACCCAGAGUUCUAUUCCUACCUCCUCUCCCGGGGCGCUGAUGACCUCUUCUUCUGCUAUCGCUGGCUGCUGCUGGAACUCAAGCGUGAGUUUGCCUUUGAGGAUGCCUUGCGCAUGCUGGAGGUCACCUGGAGCUCCUUUCCUCCUGACCCUCCUGAGAAGGAAGUGGAGUUGGUGGGCCCGCCGGCCAGGCCUGGAGACAGCAGCCAGCCUGUUCGAAGGAGACACAUGUUGCGUCCAGCUUGCAGUUUUGAGGCAGCUGGGGACCAACCCUGCCAAGGGGCAGUUUCUGAUGAAAAGACACUAGUGAAACAGUCUAGCUUUGGGGAGUUCAAGUAUUACAGCACUCAUAAUGAGGACAGCUCAGAGGAUGACCCAUCGCCCAGAUUUCAGCGCUCAGUAGAAGAGGACGAGGACUGUAGCAAUGAGCAGGAUCCAUUGAUCCAGACAACUAACGUGGCCAAGUCUUUUUCUGCUCCAUCCCUUCGGGCCCUGACUCCACCCUCUCGAGACUCGGCCUCCUCCUCAACCAACGGCAAUGAGGAAAGCCAGUCGGAUGAGGAGAAGGGGGACUCGGUGGUUCACACCCCUUCCUCUCCCUUCCGUGGAACUGCUGCUCCUUCUCCUGUUGCCGCAGUCAGCCUGCCACCCCCACAGGAGUUUGGCAGAGGCAACCCCUUUGUGCUCUUCCUGUGCCUCGCCAUCCUCCUGGAGCACCGAGACCAUAUCAUCAAGAACAACAUGGACUACAAUGAGCUGGCCAUGCAUUUUGACCGCUUGGUCCGCCGUCACAACCUGAACAAGAUCCUCCAUCGCGCCAAGGCCCUCUUUGCCAACUACCUGCAGUCUGAAGUCUGGGACUCUGAAGAGGGUGAUGAGGCAGCAGCUGAAUCUCCUGCCGCGUUGUGACCCCCACCCCACCCCUCUUUUCUUCUCCUGACAUGUGGGGACUGGUUCCCUGCUGCCAUUAUGGUGCAAGCACCGAUGUGGAAGGGUGAACAAUGAGUAAUCCAUCUUGGGCUCAGCUCUACAGUAAUCUUCAUGGGAGGUGGCCUGGAGCAGCUAAGUUGGAUUGUCCCACUCAAUACACCUUCUGUGUCAAAUGUACUCUGUUUUUAUCUAUCUCUUUGUGCAAAUACCUUGGCAGAGAUGUUCCAUCUAUCUCCUGUGCCUCCUACCCUUCCAAGUGCUAAUUAUCUUCCUGGGAAGAUCUACCCUAGAGCAGCCAGGUUUUACACUCUGUUAGCCCCUUUCCCUCCUCCUAGUCAAUACUUGACAUGCAUUUCCCCCUCUUAUCUACCCACUUACUAAUGUCCUCCUUAGAAUGUUGGUCACUAAGCAAUCAAGAUUGAUUUCUGACCCUUCUGUAACCUGGUCUCUCCUGUUCUGGGCAGGUUUGCCAAAGGCAUUUUAAAAUCUUGAUGUGACCUUAAUUUCCUUUAUACUGCGGCGGGUUCUGCUUGGCAAAAAACCCUGCACAUACGCCUCUCUGCAAAAACUUGCCUUUUAUGCUGAGUUAGUCAAAUGUUUUUGCCCAUUUGGGUUUUUUAAAAGCACUUUAUUUUCUCUAUUAUUUUGUUCAUUCCUCUAGUAUCGCCUUUCUGUUUUAGCUUGAAAGCGCUUUUUAAGAACUGAACUCGCAGCCUUGAAAAAAUAUGCUUGGUGUGUUUAAAAGUGGACUUGUAACACCCCAUUGCCCUUACUGGCCGAUUUUUAAUCUGAACAGGUUGUCCUUUUUUAAAUUGGACCAUCUCAGUGGUCUUUUGUGAAUUAACUACUCACGGGGAGUCAACAGUCUAGUAAAAGAGUGGAUUGGGAGAGUUGAAUGAAGUCUUGAUGCCACAGUGCCCUUAUAGAUCUUGCUCUAGGGUAAGUAAUACCUUGUGUCUGGCUCGCACACUUUCUCUUAACUAGCGAUCUCCUCAGCUGAUGUAUCAUCCAAGAUUUGCUUGCUGUAAAAACAGUCAUUGCCUGGUCAGGUGGGUUUUGUUUCCAGUCUCUUUAACUGGCUUUCUUAUUUAAACACAGGUUGCCAAAUUCUUAACAAUGGUUUCUCUAUGCAUCUUUAGCUUGCAGGGCAGGAUUGCGCUGGAACAUGUAGCAACAGAUUCUGUAUCAUUAGACAGAGAGAACUCAAGCUGCUUCUAGUCUUAAUGCAUUAAUCUGAAGUCAAAUAGUAGCAAAUGGUAAUAGUGUUUGCCUCUUGAUAGAGAAAAGGUGUUUUGAUUAUUGAAUCUCCAUUCUUGCUGUUUCUAGGUUAAACUGGAAACCAAAUCACUUGUGACCCUGUAUUAAAACGGUUUGAUUAUUGAGAGUUGAUACCUGAAUAGGCUGUGCUGCUACCUUUCUGCCUUGGAACAGACUGGGUGGGAGAUGCCAUAGAUGGGACAAAAGUAGACUGUGCUGAAUACUGUUCAGUCAGUAGCACCACUUCUUUUCCAGCCAAAAGGUGCAUUGUUGGGGUCUCACUCUGCUUCAAAUGAGCAAAAUGGUCCCUAAAGGCCAUUGGAAAUAUUCAUUUGUUUUAACUCCAGUGUUAGGGUUCAGUUUCCAUUUUAGAUGUGCAAUUCCUAGAUUCAGUGGCAAAUUAUUUUGAGACUCCCCCUCCCCCCUCUUAAUUUUGGGGGGUGCCACAGUGUGCCCUGUUCUGCCCCCCCCAAUUCCUCCAUGUGUUCAUUUGCCUGCCUUAAUUCACAGCUAGCUGUAGCUAAAAACCCCAGGGUGGGUUUCAACUAACCAGUUCUACUGUGGAAACGUGUGUAAGGACAUCUGCCAGCACAACAGAGCUUCCCAUUACCUCAUCCACACAUCCUGAAAUUUGCUCUGAGGGGUCAGGAGAAUCCCCAGAACAGCAUGCCGGGGGGGGGGUAAGAAGAGAGCGGUCAUUCUGUCCAACAAACUGAAUGAUUGCCAUAACACUACAUUAAAUUCCUGCUCCAGACUAGAAAUUUUGGGGGAGAAGCUUAGAAAAAGGAUAUACUGGAAGGUGGGAAUGAGGUGAAGCUUAUCAGGCCAUGACAUCUUGUCUAGCCAGAGCAGCCUUUGUACGGACAUGGGCUUUUAAAUCUCUGCAGGUCAAGAGCAGAAAUCAGCAGGGGCCACAAAUGAGGCUUGCCACCAGCAGCGAGGUCUUAAGCAGCUUCCUUUCUUGAUUGGUUGGAGCUAGGUGAAUUUUAACAACCUGAGAACCAUCAGAGUCAAUAAGAGAAAAUCAAGCAUGGCUAAUUAAAAGGGACUUCAGAUAACUCGGUGCCACAGAGGCAUCUGUACUUCAUGUGGGGGGUGGGAUGCAGAACUGCAAGUCCUGUCUAUAUUUUUUUAAAGGCGCGAGCUCAUUCUUUUAAUGAAAUGUCCACUAGAAGGAGCUGUAGCUUAGUUUAAAACAAUGAAGCUACAUUGGAGGAGGUCUGCACCCUUUCACCAAUUCCUUCCAUAUUAAUACUGAUGGCAGGCGGCAGUAGAGGUGAAGAACAAUUAAUCAGAAGGCAUAAGUCCUUUUGAGAACAGAAGUCAAGGAAAGGUAGAAUAACCACUUUUGGAGCUACAUCCAUGACAUAUUGUCCUUAUUUAUUUUUUAAAAAGUUGAUUUUGGAUGAAUGCAGAGUCUCUAGCUUGGCUUGCCAAAGGUGGAUCAUAGACACACACACACACACACACACACACACACACACACACACAAACAAUAUGGUGGGUUGCUUCCUACAGGAUGCUGUUGGAGUCACUGUGUCUGAACCAAGUCUCCUUGGUUAUUUAACUUCCAGGAUGCCCCUACAUUAUAAUCAAGAUACAUAGUUCCCCUUUACAUUGAGGACAGGAUGCACACCAGCUCCCAACCCUUUGGCCAGGCUCAGAAAACCUUUCAGGAUUGUAGUCCUCAAAGUCUGGCGGUUUUAGGAUGAUUGUCUUCCUCUGCCUGCCUGCCUCACCCCCCCCCCAAAUACUGCACCAUGAAGAACUGAAUCAACUAUCUGAAUAAUAUAAUGACUUUAACUGACAUUGGAAACGUGAUUGGUUUAUUAACAAGGGGAUUGGUGGGGAAAGAGGCGUUGCUUAAUUAGUAUUACUUGUAGCUUUAAGGUGUGCCUGGACAUUAUUUGCUUUGGGAAUUGGGAGAUGACCCCUUGCUACACUUGUCUGAGCCCCUGUUCCUCCUUGCUCUUCUCUUCCCUCCUCCCCUACUUCUGCCACCACCACGCACCCCCCCCUCCUGUUCCCUCUGUGUGCCUCAAGCAAAGGAAUCUUGCCAUGAGGCAGCUGCCCCAUGGAAGAAAGACCUGACCCACUGGGAAGCUUUCCUAACUAAAAUAACCAGGAUCUCUUUUUUUGUGUGCCGCUCCUGUUAGCAUCCAUGAAGUCUGCACAGGAGAACUUCCUGGUGGAUGUUCAUUUAAUAAAGGGUAGUGAUGAUAAUGUGGAGGCAGCAUGUAUGGCUGUAUCUCAAAUCCACUAGGGGGCAGUCUUUCUUAUCACAGGGGUGCGGUACAUUACUAAACUCCAUCUCUAAUCCCUAAUUUCUGCUUUCGUUGUACCUUGCCACUUCCUGGCAAGCCAAGCAGAAGUUUCACACGCUGUGACGUAAACUCCAUUUUCCGUUAUUCCACCUCUGGAGACUUCUUGCUUAACUUGGUGCUGAUGGUCAGAUUCCAUUGGAACAGGACCUUAUCCAAACUUGUUGCUCUGUGUUAUAUUUAUAACUGUGUGCUUUUACUCUGCCUUUUGUAUUAGUUGUGUGCUGCUUAUUUAUUUUGCAAGCUUUUUGGUGGCUGGGAUGUGUACACAAACACAAAAGGUGUUGAAGGAGGGCUGUCUGGCUUUCAGGACCGUUUGUGCCAGAAUCCCACUGCACAUGUUUGGCCUGGUUUUUAUUUUUUGUGGGAUAAUUUAUAUAGGGCUUCCCACCAGCCCUGAACAAAGUUAUUCAAAGAGCUAAAGCCGAAGAAACACCUUGUUCAAAAUUAUCUGAGUGAAAAUUCAAGAUAUAAGGGUGUCCGAUAAUGUUCGUAGGCAAAAGAUUUGGGAUUACAAGAGUUGAGGUAUUGAGUUGGAUUUCUGUGUGGCUUUCAUGAGAAAACAUCUCAGUGGAUUGUGUUCCCCUUUCAACAGUUAGGAGGUAGAGUGCCAUUUUUAUUUUCUCCCAGUGGCACCAAAAUGUGUUGAGUUUAUCCUGUAUAUUUUCAAAGAUUUGGAAGCUUAAAUUUGUGUUCACCUGCUGAGAGAAUUGAAGCAUAUGAACUGCUUGUUAAUCCAGCCCCUCUUUUGUAGAUCUUGAAGCCUUUAACAAUGUCCAGCCUACGUUCAGAGUCCAGCCUACGUUUAUGCCUCUGGGACAAGUUUGCCUCAUUCUUCUUCAUAGCUUUGCUGACUCCAAAUGGGGUCCAGUGGGGUCAGGGAGUCACCUCCAGCCAACCCAAUUUACAAAUGAACUGAAAAGGAACAGCAAGUAGAUUGGGUGGCAAGAAGCUGGGCCGUAGCCUUUGGAGUUCAAUCUCUUCCCCCACCCCACAAUCCCCCCCCCUCAUGAGAUGUGGCAUUCAUAGUGCUAUGUGCUUGAACGGGUCCAUCUUAUUUAAAACAUUUUUGUCUCAUAUAUGCGUGCAACUUCUUUCCAUUUUUGAUCCCCUCUUAAAGUGUAAUCAUUCGACUCAAAUGGCCCUUUUCCUUCAAGGCCUCAGGCACUUUUGUCUCUCCUUAUUUUAAAGCUGAUGUGAUAAAGGAAUGAAAAUCUAAAUAAAGCAGUGCUGCUUGCUGAUUUCAUUCAGAGCUGCUUUGGUCUGCCUGGUCUGCCCAGACAGAAAUAAUGGUGUUGGACAGAAAACAGCAGGUUUCCAGCCCUAGAGGCUCACAGGCAGAGAUGUGAUGAGACAAGGGAGUGAACAGUUGGUAGACAACAUAUUGUAAGUUGAUACACACUAAAACAGCACAGAUAAAAAAUGUGGACCUGUGUUAAAAGUCAAAAUGGGGAAAUUCUUUUUUUAAAAAUAAAAAUCUGUACCAAGAAAAGCUGAAUCUGUUUACAUGGAAUAAACUUCUUCCAAGUAAUUUAUAUAAUUGCACUUUAGGUUACUUGUUGGAUUUCUUCCUGUUGUGCAGUUGUUUAAAAGUACCAGAGCCAGCUUUUCCUUCCAACAGGGUGAAGUGACCUGCCUGAGGUGGUACAGGAAGUGGAAAGAAUCUGUCUGAUGGAUGAAGGCAGGACUUGGUGUCUGAAUGGUGCAACCAGACUUUAAAAUAUUGGCCAUGGUGUGUCAGAGGGCACCAUUCGGCCCCCUGCUUCAGACAGCAGAAAUUCCAUAGGCAACACUGAAGCUACAGAUCUUUCGGCAGUGACAAACAUGGCAACCCUAUUCAGGAAGGAUUCAAUAUUUGAUUUAUAUCCAUAAAAGCUUGGUACCUGGAGAGUUGAGCUGCCAGCAGCGAAACUAUAUUUUGUAGAUAGCAAAUACUUUGCUAGAUUCUGUGGGCUGCGGAAAAUAAUUUGACUGUGGUUGAUACUGGACUGGAUUGCAACCAUAAGGAACAAAAGGCCAGUGUUGUUAAACUUUCAUAGAAUCUAUCAUAGUUAACUGAACACCUACAGUUUAUUACUGAAUUUGCUUAGGGAAACAAUAGUACUCCUUGGUUCGAAUCCCCGCGAUGGGUUAAGCUCCCAUUGCUCGGUCCCAGCUCCUGCCCAUCUACCAAAUUCUGCACCAGCUGAACUUCCUGAACUGUCUUCAGAGGCAAUCCCACAUAUAACACGUUGUAGUCUGACCUAGAGAGGUUAGGGAAUUGGGACAAAUGCUGGAGCUGCAAAUUGGGUGUCCAGACUUUAUUCGGACCACUGUCAGAGGAGCCAAUAUCACCAUGAUGGCAGCAACUUUGGGACUUGCAGCCUGUCUUAUCCUCGCAAUUUUACAUAAUGCCUACCUUCUGCCCAACUGGCUCCAUCUUGCAGUCAGCAUGGAAGUAACUACAGUCAAACCUUGGUUGUCGAAUAUAAUCCAUUCCAGAAGACUGUUCAACUUCCAAAGCGUUCAACAACUGAGGCGUGGCUUCUAUUUGGUUGCAAGAGCUUCUUGCACUCCAAGUGUAAGUUGUGUCAAAUGUUCGGGUUCCGAAAUGUGCAGAAUUUGGUAGCCAGGUUGCUCACUGGAGUAAGAUGGUUUGAGCAUAUUACACCGAUCCUGGCUCAACUGCCAAGUAGUUUCUGGGCCCAAUUCAAAGUGCUGGUUUUGACUUAUAAAGCCCUGAACCGUUCUGGACCACAAUAUCUCAAGGACCACCUCUCCCCACAUAAACAGUUCACCAUCUGAGACCCUUCUUUGUGUGCCUAUUCCAUGAGAGGUCUGGAGGGUGGCAACAUGAGAACAGGCCUUUUCUGCAGUGGCUCCCCAUUUGUGGAAUGCCUUCCCCAGGGAGGUUUGGCUGGUGCCUUCAUUAUACAUCUUUAGGCACAAGGCAGAAACAGUUCUCUUUUACCAGGCCUUCAGCUAAUUAAUCUGUGGCUUUUAAACGUGGGGUGGGGUGAUUGUUUUUGUUUCUUACUGUGUUAUGUAUUUUUGUGUUUUUAUAUUGGAAAACUGCCCAGUGAUUCUCAGAUGAAAGGCAGUAUAGAAAUAAAAAAACCUCAAAUGUAAAGAGCAAGCUGUAUUGUGAACUGGGGUUCACCCCUUUUAUGAACUACAGGGUCAGUCCUAGAACACCAUGUGAAGCAGAGUCUGUGAAAAAUUGCCUUCCUGCUACUCGUGAGAAACAGGUAACUAGGCUACGCACUGAAGCUCCAGGCAGACCUUUGGCAGCCAAAGAGGGUGUCCCUCCCAGGAAGAUUUCAGCCCUGGCCUGGCACUUCCCUCUCUGUAACUGGCUGUUGAUAAUAGGAAGAAGCGACAUGAGAGUUGGCAAAUAGUAAAGGGCAUGAACCUCUUCCACAUCAGAGCUUAAGGUUGGUGAUACGAAAGCAAACAAAGCGUUCAGUGAUCGGUUGUUAUGAGAAGCUGCGGGACUGAAAUUUCCUUCAUCAAACUGGAUGACAAGUUCUUUAUGUUGUCUUAUCUUUUUGUAUUCAUCAUAGCAUUGCGCACAACAAAACACUUUACAGAGUAGUUGGUGCAGCCAAAUCCCAGUGACAGUUUCUCAGGGUUUGCGUAAGGACUUGUGGUAGGUCUCUAAUCACAAACAACUAAAUGGAGUAGGAAUUGUCCAGGAUUUGACAUUUGCUGCUGCAGCAAAUGAUUAGGACUAUAUUGUUGGCAUCCGUCUGUCUCGAGAGACAAUGGAGUGCUCCUCUGGGGGUGAAGUCAAGCCACUGCAUGAGCAGUCCCGAAGUCACAAGCCUGGGGUCCUAGGGUGCCCAGACGGCAGGACCCCUCUCUCAGCCUCGCUGAUGUGGUCCAGAAGAAAGCAGAGCAAUAUGUUUGGCACCAGCUUGGCUGCAGGAGUUGCAGGAAGGAGGCGUACAAGGCACCAUCCAACCACCUUAGGGACUCCACUCUGGGUUUGUGUAGGUUUACUCCUUAGCUUUUUCUUCUCCUGAAGAUAUCCUGUAAGGCAGCGGAGGGUUAGUAUUGUGUGGUGGGUAUUCAGUGAUUUCAGCCCGGUGCAGAUUAUAAGAUGGAGGCGAGGAUCUGGUACAACAUCUCUUCAAAGAACAGGUAAGAGCAGGGGUCCCCAAACUAAGGCCCGGGGGCCGGAUCCAGCCCAAUCGCCUUCUAAACCCGGCCCACGGACGGUCCGUGAAUCAGCAUGUUUUUACAUGAGUAGAAUGUGUCCUUUUAUUUAAA